GGCGCGGCCGCCGCCCCGCACGGACGGGCUCGCUCCGCGCUCCGCCAUGGCCGACUCCGCCGCGCAGUCCUCGCUCGUCUCCUCCAGCUCCUCUGCCGCCUCCCUCGCCUCCUCCUCCUCCUCCUCCACGCGGGCCGGGGGCUGCGUGGGCGGCAGCUCCAUGUCGUGCGCCGCGCUGCAGGAGCUGCUGUUCUGGCGGGACGUGAGGAAGAGCGCGGUGGCCUUCGGCGCCAGCCUGGUGCUGCUGCUGUCGCUGGCCACGCUCAGCGCCGUCACCGUGGUGGCCCACGUGGCGCUGGCCCUGCUCUCGGUCACCAUCAGCCUCCGCGUCUACAAGGCCGUGGUGCAGGCGCUGCAGAAAUCCGAGGAGGGGCACCCCUUCAAAACUUACCUGGACCUGGACGUGACCUUGUCCCCCGAGACCUUCCAGGCGCACGCGGCCGUGGUGGCCCGGCGCCUCAACCGGGGCCUGCAGCUGCUCAUCCGCCUCUUCCUGGUGGAGGAUCUGGUGGAUUCUCUGGAGCUCGCCCUGACCAUGUGGUUGAUGACCUACGUGGGAGCCGUUUUCAACGGCAUCACCCUCCUCAUCCUCGCCGACAUCUUGGCCUUCACCCUCCCGCCCCUCUACGAGAAAUACCAGGUGCAGAUCAAUCACUACAUGGGCCUCAUCCGCCAGCAGACCAAGGACCUCAUGGCCAAGAUCCAGGCGAAGCUCCCGGGUCUGGUCAAGAAGAAGCCGGAAUAAACCCCAGGAUGGGGGAGGGGAAAUUUGGGGGUACCCACAGCGGUGCCCCCCCCACUCCAAGCUUGUCUUUCCCCACCCCCCCAAACUCCACCCACCCCCCCAAAUUCGUUCCCUUCCCCCAGUCUCACAGUGACGUCCGUCUGUGCCCCCCCCUCUUGAAACUGGGAGGGCUGAACCCCAAAAUCGCCUCCCCUGGGUUGGGUCCCCCCGGGGGGGCCCCCCAAGCUCGUUCCUGUCCCCCCCGUUUUAUUUUUUUAACGUUAAUUGAGGUGAAAUGUCUGUAACUGCUGUAAAUGGGGGAGGGGGGGCUCAGCCCUCCCCACAGCCCCCCCAAACUGCGCCCCCCGAGCCCCCCCUCGCUGAGAGGGGGGUGGGAAAUGGGGGAGACCCCCCCCCAAAUCCACCCGCGGGGCUGCGGCUACAAUAAAACACCGCCACAAGGCUGG